CAGCCUUCAGGCUUCCACGCUGCCUCGUGGGCGAAGUUCUCUACAAAAAUUUGGGCGCGCAACGGCGCUUGCGUUUGAAUAAAAAAGAAUAAUAAAUUCCCCCAAUUUCUAUCCCCUUCUCAAUCAGAUCUCCCUCUCCCUCUCUCCCUCUCCCGCGGGAGGUAGUCCCAUGAAGCAGCAGCAUCGCAGGCAUGAGAAAGCGGUGGAGGAGGAGCACGAGGCUGAGGAUAUGCAGCAUGGUCCCUUCCCCGUCGAGCAACUUCAGGCAUCUGGAAUUGCUGCAGUUGAUGUCAAAAAGCUCAAAGAUCCGGGCCUUUGUACACUGGAAGCUGUGGUCUAUUUACCAAGGAAGGAACUCUUGCAAAUCAAAGGGAUCACCGAGGCAAAAGUUGAUAAGACUAUUGAAGCAGCAUCUAAGCUGGUCCUGCUGGGAUUCACCAAUGCUAGCCAGACGCAUGCUCAACGGCUUGAAAUCAUUCAGAUAACUUCUCGUUCUAGAGGACUUGACAAGAUUUUAAAACUUGACAUGUUCAAGCCCUCUAAAAUCAUGUCAAGUUCUCUGGAACCAGAAGUUAUCUUAAUGAACAUCCCUCCAGCACUCUAUGUUUAUGGCCACAUGAAUAAUUACUUGCUGCAAGUUCAGAGAAAGAUGGCAUCUUGUGCCCUAUUCGGCAGUAUCCCCUAUACGACAUCUAUAACUCUUCAUGGUGGCACUCUUCUACCUUUGGAUCAAGGAGGUGGUGAAGGAAAAGCAAUGUACAUUGAUGCAGAAGGAACAUUCAGGCCACAACAGCUUCUACAGAUUGCGGAAAGAUUUGGAUUAAAUGGUGCUGAUGUAUUGGAGAAUGUUGCUUAUGCUAGAGCCUAUAAUACUGAUCAUCAAUCAAGGCUUCUUUUGGAAGCAGCCUCAAUGAUGGUGGAAACCAGGUUUGUUAUCUUGAUUGUGGAUAGUGCCACAGCUCUAUACAGGACAGAUUUUUCAGGAAGAGGGGAACUCUCCGCAAGGCAAAUGCAUCUUGCUAAGUUUCUCAGAAGCCUGCAGAAGCUUGCAGAUGAGGCUUGCUCUACGGAAGGGGAGGGGAGAAGAGCGCAUCUGUAAAGUAAUAAGCUCACCAUGCUUAGCUGAGGCUGAAGCACACUUUCAGAUCUCUACGGAAGGUGUGACUGAUGUUAAGGACUGAAGGAUGCUAGCUAUCAAACUCAUGUUUUUUGGCCGACAUAUAUGCAUGCAUAUCUUAGUACAAAUUGAGAUGGAAAGUAUUGCAUCUAAGUGUUACAUAGAAGUCGUUGGAAGUUGCUUUCUAAAUGAACUGGAGUCAAUGGCUAAUUUCCAAAGCAGUUGCUAAGGCAAUACCCCAGCAGUUUAAAGGCAAUGUAAAUUUCUAUAUGCAUGUGUGGAAACGUUCUUUUGUAUAUCUGAAAUGUAUAUGUUAUUUCCCUAAUCAUCAAACGCGCAUGAGGCAGUCCCUGCUUCUUCCUGCCUUCAAUUUUCUUUUCUGUCCAAUGUAAGGACUGGAAACAGCUAAAGAUUGGGAAUUUCCUGCA